AUCUAUGAUUCCUGUAUGGUUGUUUCAAUACAGGAUAAUGAAAACAAGGACCUGUUUGAAUUUGAAUCUGAUUCAGAUCCCUUUGAUGUUGGUACAAGUGAGGAAGAUGAUGUUUAUACCAGUGAACAAGAUGAUUAUAUUUCUGAAAGUGAAGAAGAAUUGAUGAGAGAUGAGGAUUCAAACUUGAGCACUGUCUUCAAGGUUUAUCACCCUGAAGUUAAUCAGCUACAUGUAGAUACAUUGGAAGAUCAUCAGCCUGAUCCAUCAAAAGUUCAUCAGUCUGAUCCAUAUAAAGUUCAGCAGCCUGAUCCAUAUGCAGUUCAGCAGCCUGAUCCAUAUGCAGUUCAGCAGCCUGAUCCAUAUGAAGUUCAUCUUCCUGAACCAUCUGAGGAACAGCCCCGUGAUCAAUCUAAGAUUCAGUCAAGAAAAGAGUCUAAAAAGCACCCCGAUCCAUCUGAAGAUUAUCACCCCGAUCAAUCUGAAGAUCAACACCCCGAUCCAUAUGAAGUUCAUCUUCCUGAACCAUCUGAGGAACAGCCCCGUGAUCAAUCUAAGAUUCAGUCAAGAAAAGAGUCUAAAAAGCACCCGGAUCCAUCUGAAGAUUAUCACCCAGAUCAAUCUGAAGAUCAACACCCCGAUCCAUCUGAAGCUCAUCAGCCUGAUCCAUAUGAAGUUCAUCAGGUUCAAUCAGGAAGGAAGUCUAAAAAGAAACCAGACAGGUACUGCAAGUUUUGUGACACGGUCGUGAAAGGUGGAAAGUUGAAAAGACAUAUUCAGAGAAAACACAAAAGUGACAUACCAGAUACACUCUGCAAGGAAAAUGAGAAACAUAUCUUUGGACAGCUGAGAAAAGAAGGAAUUCAUAAAUUCAAUACAAAAUUAAUGUGCAAAAAUGAAGAACCCACAAUGAGAGAGCGGAGGCCCCUUAUAGAAGACAGUCUUAGGUUUUGUAUUGAAUGUAAGGGAUAUUUCUCAAAUAAGUAUUUCUUUCGCCACAAAUGUGUGGUCAUAAAGCCAUCUCCUUUGAAACCAAAACUCGUGUUGUCAACAACAAUGCAGCAGAUAAAGAAGGAUAAACAAUUUCUUGACCUUCUAAACAGAUUCCAAGAUGACUUUGUUGGAAACUUAUGCAGAACAGAUGAAACUAUAAUAGUAGUGGGCUAUAGGCAUUUCAAUCUUAGAAGGCAUGAGGAGGGCAAAGAAGAUGAAGUCAGAAAAGUAGUUAUGUCAGAGAUGCGAACUCUAGCUCGACUGUAUUCUGAAUUCCAAGGAAAAUGUGGUGGCAAAACAGUUGAAGACAUGUUAUCGAGAAAACAUUUGGAAGAUCUGUGCUCAGCAAUAACAACAUUGACAACUGAGGAUAAAUCUGAAAAGCAUGGUUCAAGGCAAAAUUUUGAUGCGGUAAUACUGAGAUCUGUUAAGACUUUGACAGGUUAUUUUUCCAGUAUUCAGGAAGAUGCAAAGAAAAAAGAAAUGAAACAUUUUUUAGAAGCUUAUAAACACAAAUCAAAGGAGCUUAUUCCAAAAGCUAGACAAACUUCAAUAAAAAAUUCAUUUGAAAAGGCAAGAAGACCAACUAAUUUACCACCAGAGAUGGAACUAAGAAAAUUAAAAGAUUUCAUUGAAAAUGAAAUAGAUCGAAUUACAACAGACUUUGAUGUAGCUAAUUACGCUUAUCUUAGAACAUUAGUUGUUGCUAGACUGACUCUGUUCAAUGCCAGGCGUGGAGAAGAAGCUUCUAGGUUACUCCUUAAAGAAUGGUAUGAUGCCUUAAAUGACACUUGGCUUCCAGAAUCUGAGAUUGACAAAGUAGAUGAUCUGGGUGUCAAAUACCUUCUUGGUAAAUUCAAAUUAGCCUACUUGCAAGGUAAAGGUAAAAGAUUUGUACCAGUUCUAAUUCCUGUUGAUACAAUUCAUGCAAUCACCAUAUUGGUUGAAGAACGAUCCACUUUUGGAAUUGCCAAAGAAAACAAAUUUGUCUUUGGGACAAAAGAAAGAGCAGGAAACGGUACGUCUCAUUGUUCUGGAUGGCACGCUGUAAGUGAAGUGUGUACUAAAGCAUGUGUCUCAGUUGGGGUGACUGCUACAAAAAUGAGGCAUAGAGCCUCUACUUACUAUGCCAGUUUAGAUAUGUCUGAAAAGGAUCAGAAAAUAUUUCUAGACCAUAUGGGCCAUGGAAGACAGAUCAAUAAAGACAAUUACCAGUGUCCCCAAGGAAUAAGGACUGUCGCUGUAAUGGGGGAAGUCCUCACAAACAUUAAUGAUGGUGCAUACCAUAGUUCUGUACUGCAGUCUGGAAAGUUACUCCCAAAAUCAAGCUCAAGCAGUAAUACACAGCUUGAUAUUUCAGCUUCUGCAAAUGAUGCAACUUCAACAGUGAAAGAUGUGGUCAAGUGUAGCAUAUCCAGUCAGCAAGGUGAUACCGCAGAAAUAUUAUGGAAGCUAUCAACAGGAGCAUGCUCUAGCAUAGAUUUGGUCAAAACUUCUGAAGAUGAACAAUUGGAUGACGACUGCGGUGAUGUUCGGCCUUUGAUUCAGUCUGGAAAAGACAAACAUCAAGUGAAAUGGUCAGAUAGUGAUACAGCCUUACUCAGGAGACAUUUUUCAAGUUGUGUUUACAGUAAUGCCAAAGACAACAAAGGACGCUUACCAAGCAAGAAAGAGAUAAUGGAAUUUCUGUCUAAGUUCAAGCCAACAUCUAUUUGCCAUUUAACAGAAAAAGAACAGUAUUUCAAAAUGAGAGCAAAACUUUUCAAUGAAAGGAAAACCUGUCGUGAGAUGGUGAAUAAUAAAAUGAAAAAAAUUGUGUGUUCACCAAAUGAAAAAGAUAAAUAUUAAUUGAUGAAUAUUAAUUGUAACAUUUUCAAUGGAAUUAUUGUUUCAAAAGUGCAGUGUAAUUUCCAGUGACCUAUGACGGUUAUUAAAAACUAAAACUCAA